AUGCAAAAAAGCUGCGCUAGCGGCUCGCGUCGCCACCCGGAAUCCGAUAGCUCGGAUGACUCAGCAGUUGCUCCAACAGCGGGCAAGUUUUAUGAUGAAAUUCACACCCUCAAAGAAAUAUUCUAUAAACUUGCAAUAACUGCAGUCGUUGCAGCCAGUCGAGCUAUUAUGUCUACCGCCGAGGAACUAUUGAGAGAUUUUGAGGACGAUGAAGAUUUCGAGGGCGCUGAAGAUGCUGAGGCUAUCGAGGAAGACCAGGACGAAGAGCAACUUCUUCAAGAGCCCGCUAACAAAGAGGUUACGAACGAGUUCGAUAUCGCGAUAUCGACCGCAGAUGAACUAACACGCCUCCACAAAUCACUACGCGAUCAUUAUUCCAUCAGAUUUCCUGAACUCGAAACCCUUGUCACGAACUCCAUCGACUAUGCGAAAACCGUCGCUAUUCUCAAAAAUGGACCGCUCAGGGAUAUCAAAGCGCUAUCCAACUCUGCGGACAAUAUGGUUGGGGUGCCUUUGAAAUCGAUUCUGGAUGGUCCCACUUUGAUGGUUGUUUCGGUGGAAGGUACAACUACUCGAGGGCGCGAGAUGACGGAGACGGAACUGAAGACCGUGCUGGAUACUUGCGAGAGAAUCCUGAAGCUGGACCAAGAACGGACUGCGCUUACACAGAGCAUUCAGUCCCGCAUGAGUCAGAUUGCUCCUAAUUUGGCAGCGCUGAUCGGACCGGAAACCGCAGCUCAGUUCCUUAACCAGUCGGGAGGACUACGCGAGCUUGCUAAAAUUCCGGCGUGCAACUUGGGCGCCCAAGGUUCGAAGAGAAAAGAAGGCUUAGGGUUCGCUACGAAUAUUGGUAUCAGAUCACAGGGGUUCCUCUACCAUUCCGAACUUAUCCAAGACAUUCCGAACGACCUCAAAAAGCAGGCGAUCCGCAUUGUCUCCGCCAAAAUGGUUCUUGCUACUCGAGCCGACGUCUCACAGUAUAGCCCCGAUGGCUCGCUGGGAGAGGAUUUGAAGGAACAGUGUUUCAAACGUCUGGAAAAACUGACUGAGCCCCCUCCCAACUCUGGGACAAAGGCUCUUCCUGCGCCGGAUGAUAAACCUUCAAGAAAACGAGGUGGUAGAAGGGCUCGAAAAGCCAAGGAAGCUGUCGCAAUGACUGAACUUCGCAAGGCGCAGAACCGCGUCGCGUUCGGCAAGGAGGAAGCCGAGAUUGGGUACGGUACGGGAGCAGGAACUGUCGGCCUUGGUAUGAUGGGUCAGCAGGAUGACGGUCGCAUCCGAGCAACCCAGAUCGAUCAAAGAACGAGGGCAAGACUAAGCAAAUCCAACAAAGGAUGGGGAGCAGCGACACCGGCCAGUGGAACUGCUUCAUCUCUACGCACAUUCGGUCAGGGUCCCAGUGGGACGGCGAGUGUCCUGCAAGCAAAGGGCCUCCGAUCCUCAGGUAUUGGGACUUCAUUUGGUGGUGCAGGCGGUACAGCCAGUACUAUCGCUUUCACUCCGGUGCAGGGACUUGAACUAGUCGACCCCAAGGCGCAAGCCGAACUAAAUCGCAAGCGCAAGGCGGAAGAAGACAGGUGGUUCAAAUCAGGCACAUUCACCCAAGUCGGUGGCCAGAGCAGCAAUCCGUCUCAGGGGGCAAAUGGAGGAUUCAAGGUGCCUGCCUUACCCAACAAGAAAAUCGAUACUGGUGCAGGAAAAAUGGGACCUCCUCCGCCCCCUUCGAAGUAG